UUCCUCUUCCUUCCCGUUCGUGGUUGUAUGUCGGCUCUUUAAUAACACAAGAAACCACUACAACAUUUAGAGUCAGAUAAAACUAAAUGGCGUCCAGAACAGAAGGGGAUGUUAAAACCCUGAUUUCCAUUUGUUUUAUUUUUUGGCGCUCCAGUUUUUGGUUUUAACAAAUUUGGUCAUCUCAAAAAAACUGACAUGAAGAAAUAUUGAUAUGUUAUAAUAAUCAGUAUAAGAAUGCAAUUGUUUAAAAAAAAAAAAAAAAAAAACUAAAAAACGAAUUAUCAAGAAUAUCAGAUUAAAAAAACAAAUAAAAAAAGUUGUGUUCGGAAUGCAUUGGCGCGCUCGACGCAGGUGGCUCUCGAGCCUUCAAGCUAUUGGAUACAAGAAGGACUCCUUUCCAAAAAGCUGGAAGACUGAAUUCUGCGAGAUGACCGGAAGCCCUGUCUGUGGUGAGUGAGGACCAGUCGAUUUUUGAGCAGAACUACGGCCCGGUUCACAUGAAGGGGGAGAUGACAUCACCGGGGGGGUUCAGCCAGGGCUCCACGGGGAGCCCCGAACCCCCGGAGCCCGAGUGGGGGGGCGUGGGGGGCAGGGGUGCCGUGAAGAGGGAGGAAGAACACAUCAACGGAUCCAGGUGCGAGAGUCGUGAGUCCCCAGUGGACUGCAGUGUGCCCAGGAGGUCCCGGCACAUAAGCAGCAGUAACGAGGGGGAGCCGCUGGUGUACCAGACCUCGUACCCAGAGCCCCGGUCCAGCCCGCAGACCGCCGCCCCCCCGAACAGCAGCACAGAGGAGAAGAGGGUCAUAGUGCCUGCAGACCCUGAGGUGUGGACACAGGACCACGUGAGACAGUGGGUGGAGUGGGCUAUCAAGGAGUACGGCCUGGUGGACGUGGACGUGUCCAUCUUCCAGUCGAUGGACGGGAAGGCGCUCUGCAAGCUGACCAAGGAGGACGUGAUGCGACUCACCUCGGCCUACAACACCGAUAUCCUCCUCUCACACCUCAACUACCUCCGGCAGAGUAGCCCCACUUUCUCCUAUCCUACAACCCCUAUCAACAACACGCAGCAGCAGCCCCGCCUACAGGUCAAAGCAGAGAGCACCUUUGAGGAGAUCAGCCGGAGAAACAGCUGGCCAGCGACGCCUCUGCCUGCCCUGCAGAAAGGUUCCCCCAUAGAACACCAGCACACCACCAGAGUUACAGAUCCUGCGCCUCGACAUGUCCAAGAUCCAUAUCAAGCACUUGGACCAAUCAGCAGUCGUUUAGCCAACCCAGAGUCCCUCCCUCUCUACAACAAGCGCCGAAAAGCAAAACAUAAUUCUUUCAAGCUGCCCGAAUCAACCAGCACUCACAGGAUUGUGGGCUCUGGGCAGAUCCAGCUGUGGCAGUUCCUGCUCGAGCUCCUGUCGGACAGCGCCAACGCCAGCAUCAUCACCUGGGAGGGCACCAACGGCGAGUUCAAGAUGACGGACCCGGACGAGGUGGCCAAGCGCUGGGGCGUGCGGAAGAGCAAGCCCAACAUGAACUAUGACAAGCUGAGCCGCGCGCUGCGCUACUACUACGACAAGAACAUCAUGACCAAGGUGCACGGCAAGCGCUACGCCUACAAGUUCGACUUCCAGGGCAUCUCGCAGACGCACCAGAGUCACGCCGGGGACGCCGGCGUCCUCAAGUACCCGGCGGAGGUGCCCUACGCGCAGCCCUACCACAGCCACCAGCCCAAAAUGAACUUCGUGGGCGUGGGCGCGCACGCCGCCGCCCCCAUGCCCGUGGCCUCCGGGAACUUUUUCGGAUCGCCGUCCACGUACUGGAACUCGGCGACCACCGCCAUCUACCCCGGCCCCGCCAUGCCCCGGCACCCGGGAAGCCACGCCCACCUCAGCUCCUACUACUGAGAGCCCCGCCCCCUUCCCCCCCUUCCCCCCCUUCCCCCCCACCGGCAACGGAGCUAAUAUAUCUGUGCGCACAGCCCCGCCCCCCACCUGCCCCCCCCUCCCGGUAAAAGGGCUGACUGUGUACUCUAAUCUGCACAAAGGGGCGGGAUCAUCGCUGCGUGUCAGCUCCGCUGUGCUUUUAUUUUUAUUUUUAAAAACUUUUUAAACGGCUGCACGACAUUAAAGGGAACGGCGAGAGAAGCCCCAGCUGUGUCGGGGUUGGUCCCGGCGCCGGCCGGCCGACCCUCGGACGUACUGCUGGGCCCGCAACCUCCGCGGCAACGGGUCACUUUGCAUAAGUGGGCGGAGCUAAAGAGUGACAUAAACUAACCCUGUGCCAGGGCGUUUCGGACGGACAUUGAAAGGAAGCCGUUGACUUUUUGGGAUGAGCAGACUUUUUUUUUUUUUUAACCUCUGCAAGUCCUUAAAAAAAAAAAAAAAAACUAUUUUCAAUUUGUUUUGUAAAAAAAAAUGUUUUUAGCUGUCCCCAUCGGAAGACGUUAUUCUCUAACGUCAUUCUCUCUAUAGGCCAUGGAGACAACGCAUAUGAUGAACAAGACACAACCACAAUCAUAGCCAGUUUGCCAAGUCAUUACCCAACAACACCAAAAGAAUGAAAUUUGGUGAGGUGGUUCUACUGCAAGUUACACACUUGCAAACACCCACAGGCACACAAAAGAACUGCUCAAGAUAUUAAAUACUGUACGUGACACAAUUCGAGUCAUAAACAAUGUUGCCCAAUUCGUAUGAAGAUUCAGUUUACAAGUCUAUAUUACUACAAUUUCAAAGGGCCAUUUUAUACUUUCAGUCUUCUCUGCAAAAGUUGUAAAUAUGAAAUCCGUAAAGAAUUAACUAUCACUGUAAAUGCAAAACAGUUCUAAAAACACAAAUGCAAUCAAAGCAGUGUUAUUUUCUGAGCUUUAUUGCCAUUUUAACCAAAAGGGAAAUGAUGUUGAAAGGCCUUUAUAACUGUGGAGGAUUUGGGUUUGUAAGACAUUUUUACUGGUAUUUUAAUGUGCCUAUAGAAUUUCUAGGUGUACAGACCAAUACACAUGUAGCUCUUUUUAUUACUAUAUUCAUUUUUCUAUAAUGUAGCACUCUCUAUAAAAAUAAUAAAGUAUAUUUGUACAGUUGGAAA